AUGCCUCUCUCCGGACACUGUCUCUGCAAAGCCGUCACAUACACUGUGGACGUUGAAGCCCCUUUAGUCACUGGCUAUGAUCACUGCGACGACUGCCAGCGCCAGAGUGGCUCGACCUACUCUCUAGUCGCUGUUGUCCCCAAGGACAAGCUGACUGUUAAAGGCCCCAUCAAGAGCUGGGCUGGCAAGGGUUCCUCUGGUCACGCUGUCCACCGCGUGUUUUGCUCUGAGUGUGGUUCCCCCAUCGCCCACGACCCUGAUGCCGCUCCCGAGAUCAUUGCGAUCAAGGCCGGCACCUUGGAUACCGAGAUUAAGAAGAACUUGAAGCCUGACACCGAGAUCUGGACCGUCAGCAAGCUUCCUUUCUGCCAGGAAUCCCUUGCUCACCCAUUCAAGCAUAUGCCGGAGUAA